CACUAAAACUUCGUUUCCUUUCUUGAAUUUGUCUUGUGCCCUCUUUUCAGUACACUGAAAUCCACUACAAAAAUUUAUUUAUUAAGAAAAGAAAAGAAAAGAAAAAAAUACUCUGCCAGGAUGGCUUCUUUGAUCACAACCAAAGCAAUGAUGAGUCAUCAUCAUGUUUUGUCGUCAACUAGAAUCACUACUCAUUAUUCCGACAAUUCCAUCGGCGAGCAACAAUUAAAAACAAAAUCCCAAGUCCCUCACCGAUUAUUUGCUCGGAGGAUCUUCGGUGUAACCAGAGCUGUAAUCAAUUCACCGGCACCGUCUCCGUUGCCAGAGAAAGAGAAGUUGGAAGGUGAGAGACGGUGUCAUGUUGCGUGGACAAGUGUACAACAAGAGAAGUGGGAGGGUGAGCUUACUGUCCAAGGAAAGAUACCCACUUGGCUGAAUGGUACGUACCUAAGAAACGGUCCCGGUCUAUGGAACAUUGGAGACCACGAUUUCCGUCAUCUCUUCGACGGCUACUCCACACUCGUGAAGCUUCAAUUCGACGGCGGUCGUAUAUUCGCCGGCCACCGUCUCCUUGAAUCCGACGCCUACAAAGCAGCCAAGAAACACAAUCGACUCUGUUACCGUGAAUUCUCCGAGACUCCAAAACCGGUGAUCAUAAACAGAAACUUCAAAAACCCUUUCUCUGGGAUCGGAGAAAUCGUCAGGCUUUUCUCCGGUGAGUCUUUAACGGACAACGCCAACACCGGGGUGAUCAAACUCGGUGACGGGAGGGUCAUGUGUCUCACGGAGACUCAAAAAGGAUCGAUUUUAGUCGACCAUGAGACGCUAGAGACGAUCGGGAAAUUUGAGUACGAGGACGGAUUGUCCGAUCAUAUGAUCCAAUCAGCGCAUCCGAUAGUGACGGAGACGGAGAUGUGGACGUUGAUACCGGAUUUGGUUAAACCGGGUUAUCGGGUCGUGAGAAUGGAGGCCGGGUCGAAUAAAAGAGAGGUUGUGGGGCGGGUGAGAUGUCGGAGCGGGUCGUGGGGACCCGGUUGGGUCCACUCGUUUGCCGUGACGGAGAAUUAUGUUGUGAUACCGGAAAUGCCCCUGAGGUAUUCGGUGAAGAAUCUUCUUAGAGCUGAGCCGACGCCACUUUACAAGUUCGAGUGGUGUCCCCAAGACGGAGCUUUUCUUCAUGUCAUGUCCAAACUCACCGGAGAAGUCGUGGCGAGCGUGGAGGUUCCAGCAUACGUAACGUUUCACUUCAUAAACGCGUACGAAGAAGAUGAAAAUGGCGAUGGAAAAGCGACGGUCAUCAUUGCAGAUUGUUGUGAACACAACGCGGAUACUCGGAUACUUGAUAUGCUCCGUCUACAUACCCUACGUUCCUCCCAUGGUCACGAUGUUUUACCCGAUGCUAGGAUCGGGAGAUUCAGGAUACCGUUAGACGGGAGCAAAUAUGGGAAGCUGGAGACGGCCGUGGAGGCAGAGAAGCAUGGGAGGGCGAUGGAUAUGUGCAGCAUCAAUCCUUUGUAUUUGGGUCAAAAAUACCGUUACGUUUAUGCAUGCGGUGCUAAACGACCUUGUAAUUUCCCCAAUGCUCUCUCCAAGGUUGAUAUUGUGGAAAAGAAGGUAAAGAACUGGCACGAACCCGGUAUCAUACCAUCCGAACCAUUCUUUGUGCCUCGACCGGGUGCAACACAUGAGGAUGAUGGAGUGGUGAUAUCGAUAGUAAGUGAAGAAAAUGGAGGAAGCUUUGCAAUCUUACUUGAUGGGAGCUCCUUUGAAGAAAUAGCAAGAGCCAAGUUUCCUUAUGGUCUUCCUUAUGGCCUGCAUGGUUGCUGGAUCCCCAAACAGUAACUACAAAAUCUCAACAAAGAUACCUUCAUUAUACAAAACACAACUUAUGUAAUAUUAAUUCAUACACAUUUGUAUAAUUAAUACCCUCUCUGUGCAGGUUUUGUAAAUUGUUGUCCCUUAUAUAUGCUUUUUGUCUCAUAUAUGUAAUGUACAAAACCAAAAUAAAGGAACGGAUUAUGGUGGAUACAUUUAUUAAAAAUUGCACUAGACC